GUGACACUUUCCCGUUGACUAUUUUCAACAAACCACAAAGAUAUUGGUACCCUUUAUUUAAUCUUUGGUGCGUGGGCAGGUAUAGUCGGAACUGCCCUAAGUCUUCUAAUCCGCGCAGAGUUAAACCAGCCCGGUGCUCUACUAGGGGACGACCAAAUUUAUAAUGUAGUUGUUACAGCCCAUGCUUUUAUUAUAAUCUUCUUUAUGGUUAUACCAGUUAUAAUCGGAGGAUUUGGAAAUUGAUUAAUCCCCUUAAUAAUUGGAGCACCAGAUAUAGCAUUCCCACGAAUAAACAACAUAAGCUUCUGACUCCUUCCUCCCUCCCUACUUCUAUUAUUUGCCUCCUCAGGAGUUGAGUCCGGAGCGGGAACAGGAUGAACUGUUUAUCCCCCUCUCGCUGCAAAUCUUGCACAUGCAGGAGCCUCUGUUGAUUUAACAAUCUUUUCCCUUCACCUAGCUGGUGUGUCCUCUAUCUUGGGUGCUAUUAACUUUAUUACUACCUGUAUUAAUAUAAAACCCCCCUCAAUAUCACAAUAUCACACACCUCUCUUCGUCUGAUCCGUACUAAUUACUGCAGUUCUACUACUACUCUCUUUACCAGUACUAGCGGCUGGUAUCACUAUACUACUCACUGACCGUAAUUUAAAUACAACAUUCUUUGAUCCUGCGGGCGGGGGAGAUCCAAUUCUAUAUCAACACCUAUUUUGAUUCUUUGGACAUCCAGAAGUUUACAUCUUAAUUUUACCAGGUUUUGGUAUCAUCUCACAUAUCGUCACACAUUACGCAAGCAAAAAAGAACCCUUCGGCUAUAUGGGUAUAGUCUGAGCUAUAGUAUCCAUUGGAUUCUUAGGCUUUAUCGUCUGAGCACAUCACAUAUUUACAGUCGGCAUAGAUGUUGAUACACGAGCAUAUUUUACCUCCGCUACUAUAAUCAUUGCUAUCCCUACAGGCGUAAAAGUCUUUAGUUGAUUAGCAACACUACAUGGAGCUGUAAUUAAAUGAGACGCCGCACUAUUAUGAGCACUAGGGUUUAUCUUUCUAUUUACAAUAGGGGGUCUUACCGGUAUUCUACUAGCUAAUUCCUCAUUAGAUAUUGUGUUACAUGACACAUACUAUGUAGUAGCUCACUUCCACUAUGUUCUAUCUAUAGGAGCAGUCUUUGCCAUCAUGGGGGGAUUCGUACAUUGAUUUCCACUAUUCUCAGGAUUCUCCUUACAUCCUACCUUAACUAAAAUACACUUCAUGGUUAUAUUUACUGGAGUAAACAUAACCUUUUUCCCACAACAUUUUCUAGGUUUAGCUGGUAUACCACGACGAUACUCCGAUUACCCAGAUGCAUACACACUAUGGAAUACAAUUUCUUCAAUUGGCUCUAUAAUAUCCUCAAUAGCAGCCAUUCUAAUACUUUUUAUUAUUUGAGAGGCUUUUUCAUCCAAACGAAAAGUGACAACAAUUGGAACAAUAACAAUAAACCUAGAAUGACUUCACGGGUGUCCUCCUCCAUUCCACACGUAUGAAGAACCCACCUAUGUCCAAUCAAUCAAGAAGUGAGGGAAUUGAACCCCCCCCUACUAG